UGUAGUAACUCACGAAAUUUUUGCUUGUACUAAUCCAGUUAAUACACGUUUUCUAAUUCAGCAUAUUAGAGAUUUCUGUCAAUAACUUUUGAACCCUGAAAUCAUACACAGUGCGCCUGGGCCGCUUGAGAUGCGAUAGAAUCAAAAUGUACACCGCUGUUCAAAAGGAGUGAAUUUCAAUGGUCCAACAUCAGCAAGAAUAAGAAAUGGUCGCAUGGUCGAACUAUGUGAUCGCUGCCACCAUGCUGUUCUGCUGAAGAAAGGCACCAAAAAUCAUACGUUUCGAUGAUAUUGUUGAAUAGCGCAAGAGGAGAUCGCGUACCAAGUUCAUAUAAAACAUCGCUUACUGUGCAUUGUGUGACCAAAGAAAACUGGCCAAGAUGAAAUUUUAGCGAAAAUACACGACUUUUUGAGGUGGUAAAGCACGUGGUUUCGAUAACAUCACAGCUCGUUACACGUUAGUUCAUCGAUCUGUGUGACAAGAAGAGGGCAGUAUAUUAUCUCAGGAUUAUGCCGCGGAGCUCCGAGGUCAGCAACCCCAGAGAAGGGGCAAGUGUUGCGUCAGUCGUGUUCUUUUGGUGGAUGAAUGACUUGAUGAGCCUGGGUAGGAAGCGACCGCUAACUGAUGAGGAUUCCCCUCCACUCCUUGAGGAUUACAAAGCGGAGUUGCUCGUGAAAAAGGCUGAAAAAUACUGGUUCGGUGAAUUAAAGCGCAGUCAAUCCACAAACAAGAAACCACAGUUAUGGAAAACAUUGUCAGGAUUAAUUCCGUGGGAAUCUGCUCUUAAGAUGAUAUUUUUAAGAAUUCUAUGGGCUUUAAGUUUUUCCUUUUUACCCGUAUGCCUUUGGCUAUUGUUAAAGACGUUAAAUGAUGGACCAAAUCUGGACAUUAAGGUGGCGUUCUUCUAUGUUGCCCUAUUGACGAUAUCAAGCAUAACAAAAGCGACUUCGACACAGCAUUACGAUUACCUGACCGAACUUUGGGGACUAAAGCUGAAGGUGGCAUUGAUAGGUCUUGUUUAUAAAAAGAUGCUUUCGCUAAAUCGUUACAGCCUGGAGGCUACGCGUUCUGGAAACACAAUAAACCUGGUCUCGAAUGACGUUCAAAAAAUAGAGAAGUCGUUAAACCAGCUGGGCAUGGUAUUCUCCGCGCCGAUGGAACUCUCAAUCAGCUUGGGUAUCCUAUGGUAUUUUAUUGGCUGGGAGGCUUUGAUUGGAGCUACAGUGUUUUUCGUCUUAGUGGCGUUCCAAAUUUUGUUGGCAAGAAAAGCUGCCGAUCUUAGAAAGAAAGCAGCUACUUUCACAGAUGAACGGCUCAUGGUGAUGAAUGAAAUCAUCGCUGGAAUACGAGCAGUUAAGAUGUUCGCUUGGGAAUGGAAUUUCAUUGAUGUAGUUCGUGACCUCCGCAAGAAGGAGAUGGCAGUUAUCCGAAAGAAAGGCCUCAUCGUUUGCUUCCUGAUUGUUCUAUUAUUUACAACGCUUCCAAUUGCAGCUUUGAUUUCAGUAACAGCGCUGGUUUUAACAGGAACCAUUUUGUCAUCUUUUACAAUAUUCACGCUACUCCUUGGAUUAGUGACGAUUAAGUUUGCGUUCUGUAACAGCUUGAGUCUCUCUGUGUACAUUGUCGCAGAUGCUAAAGUAGCUCUUAAUAGAAUACAGACAUUUCUCGAAGAAAAGCAGCCAGGGCUCGAAAUAGGUAGAAGAUUCCAUGGUGAAACUCAGCCUCGGACAAGACUGUUAGAUAUCGACGAUAACCAUUCCAAAGUUGAAGAAAAGAUGGAGAAAGGCCUUCCAGUGACAAACUGCAAUGGACGAGAGGACUUUUCCAUAGAAAUUUCCUCAGAAUUUGACGGCUCAAUGACAAAGGGGCCAGACAAUCCAAAAGAUGACCUGCGUUCAGGAUAUCCCUUUCUCUCGAUAUCCAACGUGUGUUGUUCUUGGGACCACAACUGUUCCAACGAGGCCUUAACUUUGUGCGAUAUAACACUCAAUGUACGUGCUGGUGAAUUGUUGGCAAUUACUGGUCCCGUGGGGAGUGGAAAGUCCUCGGUGUUAUCUGCAAUUUUGGGGGAACUACCCAUUCGUGGAGGCACCAUAACAUAUCACGGGAAAGUUGCCUUUGUCCCUCAAUUACCGUGGGUAUUUUCUGGGUCUGUGAGAGAGAACAUUUUGUUUGGAUUGCCAUUUGACGAGGAGAAGUUUCUGAAUGUUGUAGACAUUUGCGGUUUGUCCAAAGACUUAUCUGACUUCGCCAGAGGAGAUCUCACAAAAGUUGGGCAACGUGGAGUGUCCCUUAGCGGAGGUCAGAAAGCUCGAGUAAGUUUAGCUCGUGCAGUGUAUUCAAAUGCUGAUAUUUAUUUGCUUGAUGAUCCUCUUAGUGCACUAGACACCAAAGUAGGAAGAACACUCUUCGAGAGCUGUAUAGUCGAUAAUCUAUCGGGCUGUAUUCGAAUCCUGGUCACUCAUCAGCUACAAUAUCUGAGAGACGUUGAUUGUAUUGUUGUGAUGAAAAACGGUUCAAUUAAUCAUCAGGGCACGUACAUUGACCUUAAAGAAAAGGGGUUACUUUCAGAAAUUCUCGAUUUAUCAGAUCAAUUUGAAGAGAGAGCAAAGCAGAUAUUGAAGAUAAGUGUGGACGGGGGAGACAUAAAUAAUGGAAAUCAAUCAGGUACGUUGGUUUCCGACUCAGAGCGUUGUGAAAUGCAACUGCACGAGGGUGACCUGAUUUCCACAAGCAGCGUUGCAAAAGUGAAAGUCGGAUGUGGCCAGAGUUCUCAGGCUCAGUUUUCGGCAAACAUGUGUAAAGUUCAACGCUUACACGGCAACCAAGCUUUUGACCUGAAGGAAGAGGAGGAAGGAAAAAGAACUGGCACUGUGACCUGGCGACUUUAUUGGAAGUAUUUUAAGGAAGGACUCUCAGUGCCUUUGAUAAUGCAUGUGGCAGUUGCUCUUAUCUUAUCGCAAGUUUGCCUCCUGGCUCCAAACUGGUGGUUAGCUAGAAUUUCAGAGAUGUCGCCUACCCAGCAAAAAGGAACAGACACUCAAGCAAUCCACGCCAGUUUAGUGGGAAUUUCCAUGGUAGUCAUGACAACAUCGUGUGUUUCCUUUUAUUUUCUCCUUCUGAAAGCAGCAGAAAAUCUUCACAACAAAAUGGCCAUGACGAUCGUCAAAGCUCCUGUGUUGUUUUAUGACACAAACCCAGGGGGUCGCAUCCUGAAUCGCUUUUCAAAGGAUGUUGGCACCAUCGAUGAUGUAUUACCGAUACGGUUUCUAGAAUCGGUUACAAUGUGUCUUUUCUCGCUCCUGUCCUUUUUAGUUCCUGCUGUGACAAAUUACUGGCUCUUCUUAGCUCUUCUUCCUAUCUUAAGCAUAUUUAUGUACUAUGCACGUUAUUAUUUAGCUUCCUCCAGAGAGCUGAAGAGAAUCGAAGCCAUCAAAUGUAGCCCAGUGUAUUCACACUUUACGGAAACUAUCCACGGACUGGAGAUAAUCCAUAUCUCAAAUAAGAACAAAGCCUUUUUAGAGAGGCUUGAAAGGUAUCAGGAUGAGAAUACACAAGCUUUUUUUAUGGUGGUGUCGUGUAAUCGGUGGUUGGGAAUUCGCCUUGAUUUGUUGUCGAGUGCAUUCGCAACGACUGUUGCAGUGGCUGCCAUUUUGAUUGCAGAGAAUCCAGCCUUUGCUGGACUCGCGUUGAUGUACGCACUGGAAACGCUGGACCGGACGCAAUAUGGUGUGCGAAUGGCUACAGAAGUCGAAAACUUGAUGACUUCCGUUGAACGUGCAAUGGUGUAUUCUGAAUUAGACUCUGAGCCUGGUUAUAGCACUGAUAUCUAUCCUUCAGAGUCCUGGCCCGGCGAAGGAAGCUUUGCCAUCGAAAAUCUAUCUUUGGCGUACUUUGAAGGUGGACCUCAAAUCUUAAGAGACAUCAACGUUCGGAUCUCUAAUAAGGAAAAGGUCGGAGUUGUGGGUCGCACAGGCGCUGGAAAGUCUUCCCUGGUUUCAGCUUUGUUCCGCAUGCCAGAUCCCCUUGGAAAGGUACUGAUCGAUGGAGUUGACAUAGCAUCAGUUAACCUACAGCAGGCCCGUAGGUGUAUGGCUGUUAUUACACAAGAUCCUGUACUAUUUGGAGGCUCAUUAAGAAGGAACAUGGACCCAUUUUCAAAACAUACCGAUCAAGAAUUAUGGGCAGCUCUAGAAGCUGUGCAACUAAGGACCCUUGUAGAAGGUCUCCCAAAGCAGCUUGAAUUCAAAAUUAAAGAAUCUGGGACAAAUCUUAGCGUUGGUGAAAGGCAACUUAUCUGUUUGGCUCGUGCUCUGGUCCAGAAGAGCAAAAUCAUCGUCAUGGAUGAAGCCACUGCUAAUGUGGAUUUCAGGACUGACCGUCUGAUCCAGCAAGUUAUUCGCCACAAGUUUAAAGACUCCACUGUACUAACCAUUGCUCAUCGUCUGAACACCAUUAUGGAUUAUGACAAGGUGCUGGUUCUUGACGACGGGCAAGUAGUGGAGUUUGACAAACCCGAGGUGUUAAUGAGAAGUGGUGGAAUGUUCGCUGAAAUGGUGAAAAGCCAAACCCACAUGGAGAAUCGUCGAACAUAACAUCGAUCGAGACUUUGCUAAGUCAAUGUGUCGUGUUCAUGGGUAAGACGCGUAACUUUCACAGCGCCUCUCUCCAUCCAGGAGUACAAUCGGUACCGCCGACUUGUCAGGGAAGCCUGAUGAUAGACUGGAGGGUAUUCUUGCGAUAGAAUGGCAUCCCUAUCCCUGCUGGGGGGGAAGUUGUACUAAUCCUAGUCGCUUCAUGCUAUGGCUCGACUACGUGUUGGGUUUAACCUUGAACUGCGUCAUUUCUUGUCCUAGCUUUACUUCAGUCAUCGAUAGCGCUGGCAGACACUCUUAAAGCAGUGGACAUUGUCAAUGGCGAUCCCCUCAGGCUUGGUUGAAAUUUGAACUUCUGGAUUUUACAGGGAACCCUUUAGUCAUUACGUAGACAUUGGAUGGUAGUAUAGUACAAAUAAGGACUAGCAAUGGAAAUGAACCUCAAAAACAGUUGGAUUCAAACGUAAAUAUAUUUAUUAGCUAUAGUUUUCUCUGCUUGUAGUUAUACCCUGAAUGGUUAAUAUUCCAUUAGUCAAGUCACGCGACAGACAUUUGGACAUGCGUAAAUUGGAUGGAAUCGGAUGAAGAACAACAACGCGGGGCUAAUCAUUGAGAUACUCUCUCACAUGAAAUGCACGACAAAAACUUGACUUACUCUGACUUUAAAUCCAAAAAUAAAUUAUGAACGUCAAAAAAAAAUACAAGAAGCACAGUUUUCCUGACCUCAGGAUAGUUUUAGGACGACUGACUGACUUGAGCCAAAAACCUACCUAAAUAUAGCUCGGAUGCGACACGAUUUGCUAUGCAGUACUUUGAAAUACAGCAAAAUUCUCCGUGCCUACAAUGUACUUUCACAGCUGACUAAAAAGACUAUAUUUACAACUGUUACAUUCAUAUUUAAAGGGAUAAAAAUUUUGUUCGUGAGUGACUCUGGUACGAUAGGUUGUGUAUCUGUUCCGCUAAAUGCAACGUCGCUGAACGUUCUGAAAACGUAAUUUCAAAAUGGACGAACAGAAGGAAUAGGCGUUGGUUGAAUGGCUCUUCUAGGUUUGCUUUCCGACUCCUAGUGGGACAGUCGCAAGUAAUUCCCUUCAUAUAACUGGGACUUUUCUUCCCCCGGUGUGGUUCAUUGUUCCUAGAGAUCGGCUCGUAACACCGUUUCUGAUAUGGAAGAAGAAGGUCUCUCCACUGGCUCUGGUGUAUAGGUGAACGUAAGUCCUGUAGGAUAGAUAACUCCGUCAGAGCGAACGAGGCUGACGGCGACUUCAGUGGGUUGCCGGACAAACCGCCAUCCACCACGAAUGGCCGAGAUGUCUGGAACAACACAUAACAGACUCUCGCCACAUCUGUUAAAAUAGAAGGAACAGGAAAAGCAUGAGAGCAGUGGGUUAAAAGGUUCUAAUUUUACGCUAGCGCGAAAAAACCCGAGAAAGGCAUACUCUAAAGGAAAAUUUUGGAUUGAAGUUCUCCUUAGACCCUUCAAAAUUUCUUUGAAAAUAGUUUACUUUGAGUAUCGUUCACAACGACUGCAUUAUGUUACACCUUGAGUUGAAUUCAUGAGGAAAUGCUAUAUACCAUGUUUGAUAAAUUAAGAAUUACAGUGACUAUGGGAUUGGUAUCGCUGGGAUGCUUGGUUGGUCUUAACUGACAAAUAUCCUCACCAAUUUAUCUUGAUUAGCACAGUUCGUCCGCCGAAUUACGAGCGCAAGCAAGUUGCUUAUCUCAACAUACGACUGACACACGACUGGCUCUUACAUCACGAGACAAACGAUUAAACGUUAAUUUAUGUCUAAAACCAUGAUCAACAACAGCAUUUUCUAUAACAAUGCAUG